AGAGGGAGAAGGAGGCGCCGAGCUAACGGUAGCUGCCUGCAUGAACACACUGAGCACAGCACAUCCUCCCUGCGAGCCAGCCAGUGUUAACAGGCACAAAAAUGUCGGGGAAGAGUUUUCGUGUUAGCGACGGGGACUGGAUUUGUCCAGAUAAAAAGUGUGGAAACGUGAACUUUGCUAGAAGAACAAGUUGUAACAGAUGUGGCAGGGAGAAAACCACAGAGGCAAAGAUGAUGAAAGCAGGGGGAACAGAGAUUGGGAAAACUCUGGCUGAGAAGAGUAGAGGCCUCUUCAGUGCAAAUGACUGGCAAUGCAAAACAUGCGGCAAUGUGAAUUGGGCUAGGAGGUCGGAGUGCAACAUGUGUAACACACCAAAAUAUGCCAAGCUUGAAGAGAGAACGGGUUAUGGUGGAGGUUUCAAUGAAAGGGAGAAUGUGGAAUACAUUGAACGGGAGGAAUCUGACGGUGAAUAUGAUGAAUUUGGUAGGAAAAAGAAAAAGUAUCGUAAGACCAACAGCACGUCUUCCUCAAAAGAAAGUGAAAAAAAAGAAGUAGUAAAAGUUCAACCUGAAGAUGAUGAGGAAGAGGAAGAAGAAGAAGAUGAUGAGGAGGAGGAGGAGGAAGAAGAUGGUGACCUUUCCAAAUACAAAUUGGAUGAUGAUGACGACGAUGAAGAGGGAGACCUGUCAAAGUACGACCUGGACGCCAGUGAUGAUGAUGACGACAAGCCAGCUAAGAAAAGGGAGAGCCGCUCGGGUUCGUCCCGUUCCCGCUCAUCCUCGCGCUCCUCCAGCUCCAGUUCACGGUCGAGGUCCAGGUCCCGCUCUAGAAGCUCAUCCAGUUCCAGAUCUGGAUCUCGCUCGAGGUCCCACUCCAGAUCCAGCUCCAGGUCUGGAAAGGGGUCCUCUCCCCGGAAGAGGUCCCGCUCACCCUCCUCCUCACCUGAGAGGGGACAGAAGCGCAGUCGCUCCAGGUCCUCAUCUGGAGAGAGAAAGCGGAGGCGUUCUAGAUCACAUUCGUCCGAAAGGUGCCGCGGCCAUUCCUCUGGAUCCUCCCAUUCUGCCUCCAGUUCAAAAAAGAAAUAACUUUAUUACAGCCUUUAAAACAAGAAAAGGAACCUUAGUACAAGUGCAUGUUGUGUUGCAAGGAAAACAACCACAUCCUUUCAGUAUGCUGUUCAUUUUCAUAGAAAAGUCUUAUUUCCCUCAAAAAAGACAGCGGCAACAUGACUUCGCUCUGCCGCUCCCUUUUUAAAACCACCUACACCCCAAUCUGUGACAAGUGUCUGUAAUUACAGGCGUCCAAUUAACAGAAAUGUUUGGUCCUGUAAGAAAAUCAGAUAUACUGUGAAGAGGCUGUAUCCCAUUUUAAACCCAUUCUGCUGAAUAUCUUCGUGGCAGUCCCAUUUUAUUCUACUCACCUGAGGAGAAAUUGAAGUAAACAUUUUUUGAUUACUUUUUUUUUUUGGCCCUAGGAAACAUCUGAGAUUGUGUUGGGGUUUUUUCUAAGAAAUAUAUUCAUAUUUUUUAAAUAAAAGAUGAAGUACUUAAGCACCAAUUUAGAAUACCACAGAAGUAGCAAUGAAUUUUGGCCCGUUUGUUUUAUUUUCUUGAUAAAUUUACGUUUUUGUGUUUUCAAGGUAAGUAUUUUACUUUUUGAUAUUGCUUGUUUUUAGGAAAUGGCAGUGAGUUCAACAUUCUUUGGUUUAGCCUUAAGUGCUGUUGUUUUUUUCUUUACACAAUUGACGCCUAUUAUACCACCCACACUUAUGCCUCUUCAUUUGUCACUUGGGAAACUAAUGAAUUCAAUAAAUUAGAUUUUUGUGCUCCAGAUUAGUUAUACAAGAAUAAACAUACAGUAUGUCCCGAUUUAUGGUAGAAUGUGGCAGUACAGUCUUUUUAUUGGUAAAAACUCAAAUGUACACGUGUAAAUAAAAUCCUGUCGACAUUG